AUGCCGAGACAGAAGUGCGAAAAGAAGACUUUCAACAUCUACGAGUACUCCCUGUGUCUUAGAUGCAGCAGGGCCACGCCUACUAAUCGCCUCGUUGCCGCUCAAGAUGCGAACACUGAGAAGCCGGUAAACAGAGAUAAGGAUACUCAUAAUGACUCUACUACAGCUUUGAGUCCCAAGGAGGGCCUGCCAGGGAACGUAUUAGAUAGGCUGUGGACUAAGGGAGAAAAGGCGGCUGGUGGGUUAAAGACUGCUGCAAGGAGUCUCAAGGGACGUAGUUCGGGCAAGUUGGAAAGCGAAGACACCCGGGGGCUAUCGAAGGGCGCCAAAACCGCAUACGGGCAACCUCAUUGUGCCUUGUUCCAUAAGAGUAGUCAAAGUGGCGAUAUCAAUUCAGCAGAACAAUGGGCCAGAGGGUACAAAACACUUAUUGGGCCUCACCCACUCGAGUUCGACGAUGAGGUCAUGACGACGUGGUCAGGUGUAAUGGCCGAAGCUUUGGCACCUAUAUCUGAGAAUCACGAGACUGUCAAAGAAACGAUUCCAUUCAGAGAGAUUCACCAUCACACGUUGACCAAAAAACGGAACCGGGUACAACAUGGUGAAGUAGCAUUGCCUCACUCUCACAUCGAGUCUGAAGCAUUUAGGAUUGCACAGAAAAGGCUAACGGAGAUACAUAACGAGGGUCUAACGGAGAAGGCUAGACUUUCUAAAGAAGCGGCUUUGGCACGAAUACGGGCUCCUCGCUCACUGGGUCGUUCUAGCACUGAUAGACCUCGGAAUGUUGAAUAUGUUGGUCAGCAGCGGGCCAGGGCCGAUACUUUUCCUAGAUUGCCGGACACUGAUUCUUUAAGAAUUGCUGAUGCUAGGUUGGCUAGGACAAGGGACGGUCGUGGGGUUGACUUGACAUAUGGGAUCCGUAGAUAG